AUGAUGGAAAAAAAGCGACAGUUCUGGCGCCGCUCCACGGUCACCAGUACGGCGGGUGAUGGUUGCGUAAUCACGUGGGCACAUGGACGCGUAGACUGCAUUCGUUUGCACACUUUCGGAAUGCCAGGUUUCCGACACUCAAAAUUGGGCACAGAAGACAGCGCUCAUCUCGGCAUGCUUCACACAGUCUACCCACCUUACCUUGCAGUGAAGGACAAUGUGCUCCAACAAAGAUCGGCCUCCUGA